AUGGGCAUUAGAGGACUGGGCAGGAGAGGACUGGGCAGGAGAGGACUGGGCAGGAGGGGGCUUCGCAGGAGAAGACUGGGCAGGAGAGACCUGGCAGGAGGGACUGGCAGGAGGCGGCUGGGCAGGAGAGGGCUGGGCAGGAGAGGACUGGGCAGGAGAGGAAUGGGCAGGAGAGGGAUGGGCAGCAGAGGACUGGGCAGCAGAAGACUGGGCAGCAGAGGACUGGGCUGGAGACGACUGGGCAGAAUAGGACGGCUUUGGAGGACAGGGCAGGAAAUGACUAGGCAGGACAGGACUGGGCAGGAGAGGACUAUGAUGGAGGGGGCUGGGCAAAUGAAGGCUGGGCAGAAUAGGGCUGGGCAGGAGGGGACUGGGAAAAAGAGGACAGGGCAGGAGAGCAAUGGGCAGGAGAGGACUGGGGAAUAUAGGACGGCAGAAGAAGACUGGGCAGGAGGGGACUGGGCAGGAUGA